AUGUCAGAUGAACAAAUUGCUCGUCAGACGGCGGCCUCGAGCUUCGAUAAACUUGAGAACUUCAAUUUUCUGCUCUCUCGACACGACCCCGAGGCCGCGAAGCACCGACAGUACUCCUUUGACACGGACGCUGCGGCUAGUUUGGCUCACGUCCCCAGUCUAAACAUGCCCUACGAUCCUACCGAGGGCAUGGGCGGCUUGUCCGUCAGUUCGUACGAGAGCAUCGAGGACGAGCACAGUCCGAUCGAUGUGCGAGGAUAUCCGUAUCAUGCUGGCGACAAAACCAUCAACUACUCAGUAUCCGACCACAUGCUCUCACACUCAACUUAUCCUCUCUAUCCUCCAAUCUCAUACGGCCCUGAUGAAAUUAGCCAUGUACCGGGCGCCAUGACGCCUUCAGAUGUGUCCUCGUCCAUCUCACCCCCCAACGGCCAAAUUGGCAACAACAAAUACAGCACCCAGAUCUCAGGCGACCACAUCGCAUCCGCCCUCGGCCAGGAAGAGCACUGUCGCCGGGCCGCCGAAGAGGACCGACGGCGCCGCAACACCGCAGCAAGCGCCCGAUUCCGCAUGAAGAAGAAACAGCGCGAGCAAACCCUCGAACGCACUGUGCGAGAAACGACCGAGAAGAACGCCAGCCUUGAAGCCCGCGUCGCUCAACUUGAAAUGGAGAACCGCUGGCUCAAGAACCUCUUGACCGAGAAGCACGAAGCCAGCUCCACCCGGCUGCCUCCGCCCCCAGCAACAGACUCCUCGCUGAGCCAUCAAAAUACGACCGUCACGGGAAGCGGGCAAAAACAUAUUCAGCCAAAAAAGAAGGGCGUCGGCACCGGCAACUAG